UGAGCAUGCGAGCUGACUACAUAACUAUUAAUACAUCGAAAAUUCGUAACAUAUCCUUUGUACAGCAGAAUAAAGAGACACUCGACGCCGUUCCUACCGUUGUGCGAUCUGCUCAGAUAAAUUAAGAGCUUGGUUCGGUUCGAAGAUAAUGGUCAGUAUCAAGCAUCUAAUCGAAGAGUGUGCCGAGUGCUUUUCCUUCAUGACAUCUCUCUCGAGCGGAACGAUUCGUCUGAGCGGAACGAUUCGUCUGAGCAGAACUUGCGCAUAUCUCGCCAAAUGACAGAACGAACAUAUUUUCGUUGGCGUGUCCGUUUCAAAAAGCGAAACGCGUGUGAUCACGCAACGUAUUGUAAAAUGGGGGACCAGAAGGCUCAACACGGCACGCAGGAGAUGAAAGGCUGGCUAUUUAAAUGGACUAAUUAUUUGAAAGGUUACCAGCGAAGAUGGUUCGUCCUGUCAAAUGGCCUACUGUCGUAUUACAGACUGUUUAGGGCUGAACCAACAGGGGGGCCAAAGAUAUCAACACGACGCAAGCGGAAGGCUGGCAGAGCCUCCGAAAAUCCGGCCGAGAUGUCCCAUACGUGCCGCGGCACGAUAUCCUUGCACGGGGCCUUAAUACACACCGUAGACGCUUGCACGUUCGUCGUGAGCAAUGGUGGCACGCAAACCUUCCAUAUCAAGGCGGCGACAGAGGUGGAGCGUCAACAAUGGGUCACGGCCCUCGAACUGGCGAAGGCCAAGGCCAUUCAGGCUAUGGAAUCUGAAGAAGAGGAGGAAGAAUUCCAGGACAACGAUAGUCAAAAACCAGAGCAAGUAUCCGUGAUAAAGGACUUGUCUCAGCGCUUGGAAGAUUUACAGGCUUGCUAUGAUUUGAUUAACAAAAAAGGCACUAUGCUUCAACGGGCUUUGAAUGACCUUGAAGCAGUUGAACCACCGUCACCAGAAUUAGCGGCAAAAAUAAAGACAGUCAGCGAACGGGCUGCGCUCUUUCGUAUUGCAGCUUGUGCUAUGGUCAAUACAAGCAAUGAGUAUUUGCAACUAGCGCAGCAACAAGAACCUAAAUGGAAGAAGAUGUUGCAACACGAGCGCGAUCAGAAGGUGCGAAUAGAAAAAAUGGUUGAACAGCUGGCUCGGCAGCACUCUCACCUGGAAGAAGCUGCACAGCAUGCAAUCCCCUCGGCGGUUCCAGCAGGGGGGCACAGACCUUCUCACACAACGGUUACAACUUCUCCAUCCGAGGAUGAAGAAGAUAACGUAGAGUUUUAUGAUGCUCAAGAAUCAGACACGUUUACUCUAAGUAUUCCAGGUGUUGCCACUAGCAAUUCCAGAGACAGAACUGAUUCCCAGGGCAGUGAUGAUGGCUCUAGUUCAGAAGGAGAUCAAACACCAUUGCCGUUGUCAGAAAAUAAUGGUGCAAACUCCUUUCUUAUUGUGACCGCUUCUACAAUAGUACAAACUCCCACAGCUGCUGAAGAAAACACAGACAAUCUGGACAAUACAAAUUGGCAAACCAACAAUGGCAGCAGUGGCAGCACCGGGGUAACAGGUUCUAAAAGGAAACGAAGGACUAGAGUACCUGAAAAGCCAAAUUAUCCUUUAAACUUAUGGAGUAUUAUGAAAAAUUGUAUCGGCAAAGAUUUAUCAAAAAUUCCAAUGCCUGUCAACUUCUCUGAGCCACUUAGUAUGCUUCAACGACUCACAGAAGAUUAUGAAUAUGCAGAUAUUCUUGACAGGGCAGCAGAAUGUACAGAUAGCUACGAGCAAAUGGCUUAUGUGGCUGCAUUUACUAUAUCCAGCUAUUCCACAACCGCUACCAGAACUGGGAAACCCUUUAAUCCUUUAUUAGGUGAAACAUAUGAAUGCGAUCGAGUCGACGAUUUAGGCUGGAGAGCAAUUUCAGAGCAGGUAUCUCAUCAUCCUCCUAUGUUAGCACAGCAUUGCGAAGGUCGAAAAUGGCGUUGCUGGCAAGAAUUUACCAUGGCAUCAAAGUUCCGUGGAAAAUAUCUUCAGGUAAUACCGUUGGGAACUGCUCACCUCGAAAUGGAAGGGGGUAUGCAACAUUACACGUGGCGAAAAGUCACAACAACUGUACACAACAUUAUAGUAGGAAAAUUGUGGGUUGAUCAAAGCGGUGAUACAGAUAUUAUCAAUCAUAAAGAAGGUAUAAAGUGCCAUUUGAAGUACACGCCGUAUUCGUACUUCUCACGGGAUAGUCAACGUAAAGUGAAGGGAGUAGUUAUGAAUUCAAAUAAUGAAGUGAAAUGGGUAGUGCAAGGCACGUGGGAUUCAAAAAUAGAAAUUGCACCUGUGAUUAGUACAUCCGGUACACCAGAUAAUCCAGUGUAUAAAACAGGGCCUUACAUACUUGCCUGGAAACGGCGUAUGCCACCCGAUGACAGUGACAAGUACUAUAAUUUUACGGAAUUAGCGUGUCAACUGAACGAGCUUGAGGAUGGCAUAGCCCCUACAGAUUCUCGAUUUAGGCCAGAUCAAAGGUUAAUGGAAAAUGGCCAAUGGGACGAAGCGAAUGCAGAGAAACUUCGAUUAGAGGAAAAACAAAGGGCCGUCCGACGAGCUCGUGAACAUGACGCUGAGAAGGCGGCUGCUCAAGGUAGUUUACCGUACGAAGCUUAUGCACCACUGUGGUUCAAAAAAGAGCAGGACCCGUAUACAGACAGUCUAUGCUAUGUAUACGGCGGAGAAUAUUGGGAAUGUAAAAGUAAAGGUGACUGGUCACGGUGUCCAAAUAUAUUUUAGCUUGUUAUAUAAUUAUAUCAAUUAAUAAUGAUGUGACCGCCAAUAUACAGUAUGGAAAUGUUUGGAUUUGUUUCAAGUGAAAAUAGUCGAUAUUAGAAAUCAUUUUCGUGAAGACUAUUGCUUUCGAGAAACGCUGACACGAUAAUGGGGUUGUUAGAGAACAUGGUGUAGUCGUUAUUUCUUCCAAUGAACUGGACGAAUGUCAGCUUUCUGACGCGUUGCGACGAGUGUUUUGUAGAGUACCAUUGCCCUCCUUUCCCCGUUGUUCUUACACAUCCUUUUAUCUAUAAUUACCACUGCAUUCCUCUCAUUACACCCACUUUUCUAAACAACCGAGACAUUAAUGCAUUGAAUCCGUAUGGCCCAGUUACUGCUUUUGCAUACGACUUUUGUAUAGACACUAAAAAUUUUCUGUAUUUGCCAUUAGAUUUUGCCAUUAGGCUGAACACGUACACACAUAUAACAAUACAUUCACAAAACGAUGAUCCAGAUACUAUCGAUAAGCGGAUAAGUUGCAAAAGAGUUUGUUACUUUGGUUUGAAACAGAUAGCAAUAAGAUUAAUGAUUUUUAACGAUGAAAGCAUCGGCGUGUGGUGGAGUGGUAGCCACAAUUAACUGGGAGUUCGAAUCAAACACGAAAAUACACUUAAUGCUAAGUGUGGUGUUCGUGAUUUGUUCCAAACGAAGAUAGAUAUAAUC